GCCGCCGCGGCCUGCCCGCGCUGAGAGAGCCGAGCCCGGGGCGGAGAUGGCCAGCCUGGCCGCACAGGACUCCUACCUGCAGGGCUUGGCGAGGAGGGUGUGCGCGCAGCAGCCCCCGGAGUCGCGGAAGAGGAAAUUCGCAUCUAAGCCAGGCCAGCCCAAGGAUGCUGCUGGCCAGCCCAAGAAAAAGAAGAGAAAGAAACCCCAGAAGCAAGCUGAGAAGGCAAACGCUCCUUCAGGCAAAGAGGUGGUCUCCAAAACCAAUAAACCUACCCCAGGACAGAAAACAGCUCCUCAGGCCAGCAAAUCAUCUCCACAGGCUGUUAAGCAGAGCAGAGAUGAGAGUUUGGAGACAGGGAGCAAAAGUCAGCUGGGUUCCUCUUCUUUUUCUGCAAUCAAUCUCCUGCGUCAGAGGCUCCAUGAGAAGAUUAAAAAGGCUUCUGGACAGGACAAUGCCAAAGAGCUGCCUGCUGCAGUCCUGGAGAAGAGGCAGCGAAGGAAGUACGAGAGAGAGAGGAAGAAGCGCCGAAGGAAGGAGUUGAAGAUGAAGGCAAAAGCGGAGAAGAAAGAACCUGAGGAGGUACCAGCAGAGCCAGAAGACAAAAAGGAGGAGAGCACAGCUGAGGUGGUCUUCAACAAGGUUGAAGUCCAUGCAGAGAAUGAGUUGAACAAGGUGCAGAAGAAGAAAGAGAAGAGGAAAGCAGUGAAAGGCAACAUCACUCCGCUGACCGGCAAGAACUACAAGCAGCUGCUGAGCAGGCUGGAGACCAGGAAGAACAAGCUGGAGGAGCUGAAGGACAAGGACCAGAAGAAAGCUGAGGAGCUGGAGAAGAAGCUGAAGUGGACAAACGUCCUCUACAAGGCGGAAGGGGUGAAGAUCCGUGACAACGAGGAGCGUCUGAAGGAGGCCCUGAGGCGCAAGGAGAAGCGGAAGGCGCAGCGCCAGCGGCAGUGGGAGAAGAGGACGGAGAGGGUGGUGGAAAAGAUGCAGCAGCGGCAGGAGAAGCGGCGCAAGAACAUCCAGAAGAAGAAGAAGGAUCGGAUAGAGAAGAAGAAAGCCAGGGCCAGGAAGAAGGGCAGGGUUCUGCCAGAGGACUUGAAAAAAGCUGGCUUGAACUGAGCGCCUGCAGGGGGUGUCCUCAGCCUGGCCCUGGGAGUUCUGUGUAGGGAAGUCAGUGCUGGACUGGGACG